AGGAAAGAGGGAGCUAGAAGCCUGGAAACAUUGACGGUAAUGAAGGAUUGUGACAGAUAAAAAAACAAAAAAAAAAGAAACAACUAUCCAAGCUGGGGGACGACAAAGAGACUCUGGCCCUGGAGGCCAACGUGGACAUGGAUGAUGGGACAUUUACAACCAUCUCUCUGGCAGACGACUCAGCUGACAGAGGAUCUGCAGCCCUGUAUCCUAAACAGGAGGACGAGUUUUUCAUCAUGAACUGCGACAUAGAUGGAGACCUGGAGAAUCAGGCUGAGAUGGAGGAGAAGACGAGGUUGAUUAACCAGGUUUUGGAGCUGCAGCACACACUGGAAGACCUUUCGGCUCGAGUCGACGCGGUCAAAGAGGAGAACCUGAAGUUGAAGUCGGAGAAUCAGGUCCUUGGUCAGUACAUCGAGAACCUCAUGUCGGCCUCCAGCGUCUUCCAGACCACCGACACCAAGAGCAAGCGGAAGUGAGGCGGAGUGGAGCAGAAGGUGGCUUCCCCGGGGACACUGAGCGGAGGGGGUUGGAGAUCCCCGUAACCAUUUACCCGAGUCAGAACUAAGCAAAUGUAAAUAUGAAAAUAAUGUCUGUAAAAUACUUUUGUGUUUUUUUGUUUGUUUUUUUUUUACCCACCAACAUUGGGACAUUUUGUUGUGCCUCAAUUUAAACUUGGUGUUCUAAAAUGAGUUUAACAUCAAACAUGUUACAGUGAACCUUAUUAUCAGCAUUAAUUUAUUUUAGCAUAUUCUGUUGUUGGACAGCUGGAUCUGGUACUUCAGUUGGCCUUGAAUCUCAUGAUGCUCAACUGUUUUCCUCUACUUGCAGCUGAUUCGCUGACCAGUGUUAUGCAGAAUGAAAAAUGUGUAAUAAUGGCAUGUUUAAGCAAUAUCUUAAGUAUUAACAUAUCUAAAGUAAGGUCCCUAAAUUUAGCAUUAAAACGGAUAAAGCUGAGGGAGUUUGCAGAGCUUGGUGAUAAGAAAAGCACAGAAGCUAAAAACUAAACCAUCAAUUAUGAUUUCAUUGCAACUAAAAAUUUUGUUUAGUUAUUCAAGAUGAAAAUGCAACCGAGAUUCGGUUCCUUGUUCCUCUAACAGUUAUGGAGGGAACAUAACAGGUCAAGCAACACGAUGAUGAGGGAAGAAAGAGAUACUUUGAGAGCAGCAGCAAGACGGGCUGAGUGGUAUUGAUCCGAUCAGUUUGGCCUGGGAUGCAUCGCCUGCUAGGAGACGGGCGCUAAAACUCAUCUUCAGUGGGCAGCGGCAGACAGGGCGUGUCCGAGCCAUCAAAGGAAAGGGGAGUCGAAAAGAUUAACGUGAAUGAAAACUGGAUUUUAAUGCUGCUUCAAAAUUGUGUGUGGACACGGUGCUGUACAAAAACAGCUUCUGUUCCAUCACAUUUUAAUAUAUUCUAAUAGGAUUGUACAUGAUAGACCAAAGUAGAGGACAACAGCCGUUAUUUAUCGGAAGGAAAUAAAUAUUGGGAAUUCUGAUCUGUUGUGAGAAAGAAGCUCUAGUUUUACUGUCAUGAUUGGUUCCAUGAGAUCAUCCUGAGUAACAGUGGUGUGCAGAGACGUUUUGGGGGGGGGGGAAGGUGCUCACAUGGAACUGUAGAGUGAGAUUUUUAUACAGGCAAAGAUACAAAUAUAUGGGGGAAUGUAGGCUUUUAAAUCCAGAAAAUGCUACCUUGGGCUUUACACUAAGGAAAUCAAAACGACUAUUUCAGAAGGGCACUUUGUUUGGUUCAGAGGAAGAAGGGCAGGUGCUCUAGCGCCACCUAGUGUCUAUUUGUGCACAUCUGACUUGCAUUUGUGUUUAGUCCUCCUAAUUUGAGUCGAUGCUUAGGAUUUUGGAGCAUGCCUGUCUACAACUUUGCACAUCUAGAGGCUUUUUUUAUAUUUACAAAAUAGCUUCAAACUUUGAUGGUCACUGGGUUUUAAGGACCUUAUAGUUAAGGGGGUGAAGACAAAUGCUUGAUAUGCUUUUCAGAUGCGUAACAUUUUGUAAACCAUGUACCGUUUUUCAUGUCCGACUUUGCGUCAGUUUAUCAAACCAAAUGCUGAUAAAAUGCAUUCAGGUUUAUAAGAGUCAAAGUUCAAAAGGGGUUUGGGGUAUAAAUACUCGUGGAAUGGUAUGUUGUGGCUUUUCAAGGUUAUUUUUAUACUUUCAAGCAGUUAUGCAUCAUGCUGGCAUGCUAAUUUCCUCCUUUUUCACACUAGCUAGUCGUGUCUUGUGUCCACAUUUGCCUUUAAAUGUUUUUUUGUUUAAUAAAAUCUCACAGUUAACGCUCCAAGUCUCAUCAACUGCACAGACCUACUACAGUAAAAUAAAAAUAUUCCCCAAAACGGA